UACAAAUUAUAUUCCAAAGAUUAUAUAAAUUCCAAAAGAAUUUACUCAUGCUUUAGUCGUUUCGAGGUCUGCAAUAUGAAGAUCCUACUCAAUAUCCUCCUGACUCUCAGCGUCGUUUUAUGUGAAGUUCCUCCACCAUAUCCUGCUAGGGGAUUUAGACCAAGUCCACAAUUUUUCAUACCUCCCCCUAGCCAACCACAAACACAAUAUGGACCACCGCUAGACGUCAAUCCAGUAAAAGUGAUAGUCAGACCGCACAAUUUGGCCCAAAGGCAACGACCUCAAAGUCAAGCCGAACUAGAUUUUCUUAAUAAUUUAAGAAUAGUUAAUAACCAGCUUGAAGUCACAUAUGGCGUUCCAAGUAAACAGGAACUGCCCAGUUCACAGUAUGGACCUCCAUAUAAUAAUAAGCAAGUAUCCAAUCCUGCAGGCAAUAAAUUUCAGAACAACAUAGCUGCCAACCAACCACAGGUAAUCUAUGGUCCACCAAACAGAAUAGAGCAGUCACGACCUACUGACAACAGGUUCCAGAGCAAUAUAGUUGCUAACCAACCACAAGUAACAUAUGGUGCACCUAAUAGAGUGGAACAAUCACAACCGCAGGUAACCUACGGUCCACCAAACAGAAUAGAGCAGCCACGACCUACUGACAACAGAUUCCAGAGCAGCAUAGUUCCAAACCAACCACAAGUAACAUAUGGUGCACCUAAUAGAGAACAAUCACAACCGCAGGUAACUUACGGUCCACCAAACAAAAUAGAGCAGCCACGACCUACUGACAACAGGUUCCAGAGCAACAUAGUGCCAAACCAACCACAAGUAACAUAUGGUGCACCUAAUAGAGUGGAACAAUCACAACCGCAGGUAACUUACGGUCCACCAAACAGAAUAGAGCAGCCACGACCUACUGACAACAGGUUCCAGAGCAAUUUAGUUGCUAAUCAACCACAAAUAACAUAUGGUGCACCAAAUAGAAUAGAGGAGCCACAAAGUCAAUAUGGAAUACCAGAUUCUAAAGACAUUGAAACAUUUGAAAGGACUCGUCAAGUUGAAACACAACUACAAAAAAUUAACGAGUUGAACAACAUACCUGCAAUCCAAUAUUUGCCAGUAAGAGAAGCUACCAGUUUCAAAACCUCGAAUCUAAAUGAAAAUUCUGCUCAGCAUUUGCCAGUGAGACCAUCUACCGAUUUCAGAAAUGAAGUACUGAAACCGUCACAACAAUAUCUACCUAUAAAAGCUGCAACUAAUUUUGGAAACAGCUUCCAGCAAUCCCAAUAUACCUCAACAACUGAAAACUCUGAUAUCAAUGAUCGAUACCUGCCACCGCAGACCUAUAACUCUCCACAAGAGAAAAACCCUGGUAAGGUAACUUUCCUAAAUAAUUUCGAUGUAACUCCCUAUCAAGUCCCCAAGGAAUCCGGCCAAAGUUUCCAGAAUAACUUUCCCACCACCAAAGAAAACCGUGAAUCUGUUCCAAAUAAUGCUGAAGCACCUAGUCAAGCAAAUCUCCCAUCGCAAUACUCCCCCCAAAGACCUGCUGCUCCCAAUUUUGAUAUAACCCAGGUCAAAGUGAAGUCUUGGAGUAAGGGUGUCAGUGGAAAUAACAACAAACUAGAACCCGGUUUGACAUCAACGAAUGAAAAUUCUGACCAGAGCGGAUUUGUAGGAGAUUCAGUUACUGAUAGAUAUUUGCCACCUUCAACUACUCCAAAGACAGUCGUACGAAGGCCAAGCCAUCCAACUGUAGCACCAAUUCCUACUACAACACCACAGGAACCUGAGGAGACUACACCAUUCAACGACCAAUCAGAUAGUCCAAACGUCGCUAUAGCAACUGCUGUUGCGGGACUACCAGGAGAUCAACAAUUCUAUCUACUUCAACCUGAUGGUCGUCUUCAAAGGGUGUUGUAUCAAAAAACCCGCGAGGCAGGAGAUCAGAACUACGAAUAUACAGCGAAUUAUCAUUUCCAAAACAUUCAAGCUGAUCCCAACGUAGUUUACUCACCGCUCAUCAACUUUGGAUAAUUUAUAUGUGAUUCCUUGUGAUAUGUUAGUAGUUAUUUCAUGAAAUAAAAGUGAAACUCUUGUUA